AUUCGUCACGUCAGCAGCAGUAGAACCGCUGUGGUCAACUAGUUAACUUCGCUCUUAUAAUUUUCAGUCAACGGAUUUUGCUUCACUUCGAGCCAGUCUGUGAUGGACAUACUGUAGCUCAGUAACACGUGACGCUCCUCAGCACCAGCUARAACCCAGCAGAGGUCCAACGUGGGGGACUGGUCUCCGGAAGACUGACCCUGGCCCCUGGGCCAUGACAGAUCCCAUCAUGGACUUCUUUGACGACCCCAACCUGUUUGUGGGAGGGCUGGAUGGGUUGGCUGAGGAGGGCUUCCCCCCUGGACCCUCGCUGGUGGAUGAGCUCAACCUCAGCGCAGGCUUYGAGCCCCUACAGGUGGAGCCGAUGGGGGCAGGGAAACACCCYGGGAUGAUCCCCACCUCCAUGCCCUCCUCCACCCAACAGAGCAUGACUUAUGGACAGCAGAUGGGGCAUUUUCCGGGCAUGAAGGCUCAGAACUCCAUGGGACAGCCCUUCGCUGGCUCUGAGGGUGUGGGUGGUGGAGGGAUGAUAGCAGCACAGCAUACCCAGUUCCAUGGACGCUCAAUUGGUCAGGCACCCCAAUCCAACGCGUUGUUUUCCAACARCAGCCCCAUGUGGGGCAACCAGGACCAGAACGGGAACCUCUACCACUCAGUGCCCCAGCAACAACAACAACUACAUCAACAACAGCAGCAGCAACUCCACAACCAACAGCAUCACCUCCGACAGCMACAGCCACAGCAGCAGCACCACCCCUGUCAACAACAACUUCAGCAGCAGCAACACCAGCKUCUGAACCAGCGGCAGCAGCAGCACCUUCAUCAACAGGUAGUGAACCCUCAGUCUCUGCCCCAGCAGCACCACAGCUUCCCCUUCCACCAGGCCAACCAACAGCCAGCUCCCCACAACCAGCAGCUUACCACCGGGGGGACCCAGUUCCACUCCAGGGCUGUGCCUAACUCAGGGGCUCUGGCCAAAGCUAAUGUGGAAACCCCCAAUGCCUCGCUGGCUGGAACCCCACCACAGCAGGGUGGCUACCAGCUGGUGCAGGGGACUCAGGGGGCCUUUCCUGGGGUAGGGCCAGAGGGCUCUAGCAUGUCCUUCUCCAUGCAGACCUGCUCCCCCAUGGCUCACACCCUGUCCUCCUGCUCAGUGAGCUCCACCACCGCCUACCCUCCCUCCCAGUACUCCUUCCCUGGCCAGGGACAGCCUGGCACCUCCAGCCUGAGCCAGCCUCUCUCUUUAGCCCCAGUGUCCAUGAUCACCACCACCACUCCCCUGCCCUCCUCAGUGCCUGAACUCUCUCUCGUGGGAGCUGGAUGUGCGUUUUCGUCUGCUCCAGGGAUGACUCAGCAUCAUCAGCCCAAGCAGGUCCCAGUCAGCCAGGCUGAGGACGAAUGUCCCUUCCGGGCUCUGCGCUGCUCSAGGCAGACCUUAGGGAACUACGACUCAUCUGAGAUGUUUGGCCAGGCCAUGAGCUGCUACCCCAGUGCAGUCAGCCAGCUCGUUCCAGACCAGCACCAKCCCCMGAACUGUGGAUCUAACUUGGAAGUUACCAGACCUCCGGCCAGCACCACUACCACUAACGGCUACGUGUCUCUAGAGGUUAGCCUGGCAGGGCUGCAAGGGGAGGUGGAKGCCCAAGGAGGGGGCUUUGAGGGCCUGGAGGCUCCGGACCUGCUGGCUGAUGAGCUGCUGCCYCAGCUGGAGGCUGCCCUCAGUCAGCACGACCACCACGACUCCAACUGUUCCUGGACCAAUGGUGGGGAUGGAGAAAGGAAUGGAAAGGGAGAGGAAGAAGAAGAGAUGAAGGAGGAAGACAGGAUCUCCAUAUCCAUGGACUACAAGAAACAGGUAAACCCACUGGGCCAUUAA